AGUGGACAAUCCAGCAUGAUCCGAAAUAGUGCGCGCUCGAUUGCAGUCAUCCUGCUGCAUAUGCACCGAGAGCGAUACUCCGAUCUAAGCGGUAAUGCUGCUUCGAGCUGGGGGCGGCUGUUCCUUGCUAUCGCGCUCACCGAGACAACGAGAGGACAAUAUGUCUCAAAGCGCGAAAUGUACGGAUGGCCAUAAUCACGCUCCCUCCUUCAUAGCUCCACGACAUCCUUAGCGGACAGGUGAUCCUCGCAUGUUAUCUUACUCGCACAUCAGGGAACGAAGCGGUCGGUGGCCAUUCUUCCAGCAGCGACAGGCGGUGACAGUGCAUUGAUGAACCAAUGCGUAUUUGCGCCAAUGCCCGUUCAUCACCUGUUGACUUGGCUCGUGGUCAUGUGGCGCGCAUAUCGGCGUCCUGCAAGAACGCACCGCGUACGAGCCGCCGUCGAGUAGCUCAUUAGCUGGGCGCGAGUCUUCCGAAGGGGAAUGCCGCGGCAACGACGCUUAGAUACUGUAGUGUUUG